AUGACGGGAUACAAGCUCACCGCACUUGCCACUGGCAUUACACUCGCGCUGUUCCUUUCCGCGCUGGACACGACCAUUAUCAGCACCUCUCUCGUGUCCAUGACGAACGACCUCGGCGGGUUCGACCAGAGGAAUUGGGUCGCCACAGCAUACUUGCUGACCUAUACAGGCUUCUUGGUCGUUCUCUCAAAGUUCAGCGACAUCUUAGGACGCAAGUCUAUCGUGCUGGCGUCCAUUGCCAUCUUCACCAUCUUCUCCAUCGCCUGUGGGUCGGUUUCGUCCAUCUUGGCCCUAAUCAUCAACCGAUCAUUCCAGGGAAUCGGCGCUUCGGGUAUGUACGCUAUGGGCAACGUCAUUGCCCCCGAGAUUGUACCUCCUGAGCAAUGGGGAAACUACACGUCCAUCAUGCCUUUGGUCAUGGUACUUAGCUCGGUCCUGGGUCCUAUCUUGGGAGGCUUCAUGAAUGACUAUUUGUCCUGGCGCUGGGUCUUUUUCCUCAAGUGCGUUCACGUCCUUUUCUACCAUUCUUUUCGGGAGUCCUUUCUAACCAAGCCAUAUGGUCUCUGCAGUGGCCCUUUUGGCGUCGUUAUCUUCGCAAUGGUCGCGCUCGCCAUGCCCACAAACUUCCCGAAUCACGGCAGCAUGCUCGCACGUCCCGAGGAGGCCCUACAUGCGCGGGUUGCGUCGUCCCGCCGCUCGCUUGCCCGUCUCGAUCUCAUCGGCGCGUUUCUGUUCCUGGCCUUCUCCAUUCUUCUGGUGUUUGGAUUCGAGCAGGGCGGCCGCCGGUUCCCUUGGCAGAGCGCCGUCAUCAUAGCGUCCAUUACCCUGGGGGCCGUUCUUUUCCUUGCAUUUAUCGUCUGGGAGAGGUUUGCCGGUGCCAGCCAGGGAUCGACCAGGGAGCCCAUCUUCCCUCUUCGUCUCAUGAAACAUCGGCGAUUCGUCGGGAUGAUCCUAGUCGGGUUCCUGACGGGCGUACCUUUCAUGACGAUUCUCAUCAACACUCCGCAGCGCUUUCAGGCCGUCAACGGCCUGAGCGCCUGGAAUGCUGGCCUCCGCACCCUGUCUCUGCUCCUAUCCUCGGCCGUAGGCACGCUCAUAUCCUCCCAGCUGGUUGCCAAAGCAAAGAUUCCGCCCAGCUACGUGCUCUUUGCCGGAGUGGCGCUGCAGGUACUUGGUGUCGGUCUCGCAAGCACCGUUGGCCCCGACGACAUGCCGCAUUUGUAUGGCUACGAGGUGUUGAUGGGAGUCAGCUUUGGCGUGACGCCGGCUAUGCUGGUGGUACUCGUCCCUUAUACGGUUGAGAGAGAUGAUCUUGCUGUCUGUAUGGGAGCAGUAACGCAGGUCAGGGUCUUGGGUGGUACCAUCGGCCUGGCGAUCUGCUCAACCGUUCUGAACAACUACUUGAAAGUCCAUCUUUUGUCCGUUCUCGAUCAAACCCAGCUUCGCGGUAUUUCCCACUCGAUCGCGGCCAUCGACCAGCUCCCCAAAAGCCUCCAAACAACCGUCCGGGGAAUCUUUUCGGAUGGGUUCAAUACUCGUUAG